AUGGUCUCAACUGCAUACCAAGCCUCCUUGGAUAGCUCAGACCAAACCAUUGUCGAAAUCUUGACCUCAGGCUUCUCAGGUCAACUUAAGGGAUGGUGGGAUAGCUACCUCUCUGACGAACAAAGAGACCAAAUUCUCAAUGCGGUCAAAACCGAUGCUGACGGAAAUAUCAUCACUAACAGGGGCGAACCUGUCCCUGAUGCCGUCAACACUCUCAUCAUGUCAAUCGUUCAACAUUUCAUAGGAGAUCCUAAUAUCUGGCGAGAUCGUUCAGGUGACCUCCUAUCCAAACUUAGGUGUAAAACCUUAGGUGGCUUUAGGUACUAUAAAGAUACCUUCCUCACUAGAGUUUUCACCCGAGAUGAUUGCCAACAACCAUUCUGGAAAGAAACCUUCCUGGCAGGACUCCCUAAAUCUUUAGGAGACAAAGUUAGGGAAAAAAUUCGAACCCAGUUUAAUGGCGAAAUCCCUUACAAUCAAUUAAGUUAUGGCCAGCUCAUAGCUUACAUCCAAAAGGUAGGUCUUAAGAUUUGCCAAGACGAGAAGAUCCAAAACCAAUUGGCCAGAGAAAAAGCCCAGAACCGUAAGGAUCUAGGUAGUUUUUGCCAACAAUUUGGACUUCCUUGUUCCGACAAACCGUCUGGAUCUAGGACUAAAUCCAGAAAAACCCAGAGGUUCCAUAAAUCCAGAACCCAGGAUAAUCAUCCGGUUAAACCUCAUAGGUCUGACCAGCAAUCCAGGACCAGAAUUAAACGGUCUAGUAACCGCCAAACUCAAUCCAGAUCUGCUAGACCCUCGAAGUCAAAGUCUACGCAUAUCUCCAACCAAUCCUUUGACAAGCUAAGAAACUAG